AUGUCUGGUAUUGAUGAAGAUCGAGAUAUUUCUCAGACCCCCACCACUACUCGGAUUCCCCAGGACUUCCGACGGCCAUCCUUCUCAGCCACCCCGACCCUGAAGAAACGCACGACCAGUGGUGUCUCCGCCAUCCCCACUCCCCGGAAUUUCAAGACCAGCAUCGGCCCCGGGGGCAUGCCACCGUCCGAGCGAAAGAUGCAAGUGGAUGACCUGGGUGAAACUUAUUAA